UUGCCUGGAAGACUAAUUUGGAGGAGUGGAGCCCGGAGGAUUGGAGUGAGGAUGUUAGUCUCUCUGAGACUAAAGUGUUCACCCCCUCAUGUGCACCUGCUGCCGAGAACCAUAUCACACCUGGGCAAAGUCUGGACCUCGCCUCUUUGCUGCAGAAGCCUGGUGUUGGAGGAAGAGAGCCACCUACCUCGACUUCCACGCAGAGUCUGGUCUUCACCAACUCCCACCAUCACCAGCAGCCACCCCCGAGCCGCAGCUCGACGAGCAGCUCAAGCUACGCACAUGCUGCUCUGUCGUCAGUUUUGGGAGCUGGUUUUGGGGAUUUGGGCCAGGCCAAGAGAACUCAGCCCAGUGCCGGAGCCCAGAUACUGGAACAGCUUAAAAGUCCCGGCUUGGGCCAGCUGCCCUCGUCACAGGCGGCUCCUCCUGUCAGCACCCAAGGAAGCAACACCUCCAUCGGUCGACUGCCAGGUCUGGGAGCACCUGUACCUCCACCCUCCUCCUCCAGCUGGGACAUGAAGGCGUCRGAAUCGAACGCCGCCUCUCUGUCUUCACAGUUCAGCCGUGAGUUUGGCCUGCAACCAGAGCCUUCUCUUGUGCUGAGUCAGCUCGUUCAGAGACACUCCGGCCCCUCUUUGCCCAUGGCCCGUCAGCCCAGUCCUCCGACACAACAACAAGCACCCGCUGCUUCGGCGCCGUCUGCUCCCCAGCACAUCAGCUCGUCAGCACAGGCCGCUCCCACGCUGGCCKCUGCAAAACCUGCUGCUCCCGGUGCAGGGCCGGACCCCCAGGGCAGCGGCCCGCCACAGCAACAACGAGCGCAGCUCAAAGGUCCAAAACGACGGAUACCUCCCACAUCGAAGAUUCCCUCCACAGCAGUGGAGAUGCCGGGCUCAGCUGACGUUCCUGGACUAAACCUCCAGUUCGGAGCGCUGGACUUCGGCUCAGAGUCAGCUCUGCCAGAAUUCGGAGUUGUGGACAAUUGUGCAGGUGCAGCGUCCCGGGAGUCCACACCUGCACCUGCUUCAGCACCACCUGCAUCAGGACUAGGGACUCAGAGCCACACAAGCCUGUACUCAAAACCUCUCAGCGAGUCGCUGGGCGGCGCUCUCUCCGUGGCUCUGCCUUCGCCCCUCACCUCGUCAGAGCCGGCAUAUCACUCCACCGCCGUGGCCAUGCCCAGCCUCACGCCAUCGCUAGGCUCUGUGGGCUCCACCAACCCCCCCUCCUCCACUCUACCGACMUCGACGACCUCCGCAUCCUCCGCACCGUCCUCCUCAUCCUUCGCCACAGUUGGGGGGAGUUAUGACGGGACGAUGCCCCCUCACUCGCGAUUGGCCUUUUCUCAGAGCAAAGAGGCCGCGGGGCCAGUAAUGAACGGUCUGAAUGGUGUAAGAACCUCUGCUGCUCUCGACACUUCUUCAACUGCUUCCACACCAAAGCCCGAGCCGUCGUCUGUGAACCUCAACACUAACGGCCCUUCGGUCCCCUCCUCCCACCUGCCCCCCUCACUGCCUGCACACAGCUCCACCACGCUCUCCAACCUGGCACAGGACCUGCAAUCAUCGGGUCAACUCAACUCACUAAACAGUCACGGCAGCAGCCACUCCUCAGUUUCAGCUCUGGGAUCAAGCUCUCUCACUUACACUAGCGUCGACAGCAGCAACGUGAGCUCUCUGGCUCCUUCGUCAAGCUCCUACACGUCAUCGCAGCCCUCGAACGCACCGCUCCACCCGGCACACAGCAGCAGCAGCAACAGUAGCAGCAGCAGCAUCGGCCACCUGGCCAACAUGCCCAGCCUGGGCGGCGGUAUGAGCAGCACAGUCGGAGGCAUGACCGGCGCGGGUGGAAUCCACGCCGCCGCCAUCGCCACCAGCUCAGCGCUGGGACUCGGCUCCAAUGGAGCCACUGCCACGUCCAACCUCUCUGCACCAAGGACCGCAGCCGUGCUCCCCUCCACUGGUAAGGCUCCUCCUAACCUGUCCCAGGGUGUGCCUCCUCUAUUACCAAACCAGUAUAUCAUGGGUCCAGGGGGACUACUGCCUGCUUACCCACAGAUCUACGGCUAUGAAGACCUCCAUAUGUUACAGUCCAGACUGCCAAUGCCUUCUUUGCAGGAUUACUAUGGAAUCACAUUCCCAGGCCCCACAGCAGCUCUCUCUGGCAGAGACGGGAGCCUCGCCAACAACCCCUAUUCAGGUGAAGUCACAAAAUUUGGUAGGAAUGACUCCACCUCGCCAGCACCCCCCACCAGCCUGGCUGCCCCGCAGCCUCCCCAGGCCCAAAGCCAAGGACAGACCCAGACUCAGCCUCAGCCUCCUCAGGCUCAGCCUCAGCCUCAGGGCCAACCGCAGCACCACAGCAGCCAGCAGGCCUUUCUGCCUCCGGGCUACAGCUACACGGGGCUGCCGUACUACCCCGGAGUGCCGGGCGCCGUGCCCAGCGCUGCCGCCUUCCAGUACGGCCCCACCAUGUUCGUUCCUCCCGGAGGCCCGGGGCCGGCUUCRGCUAAGCAACACAGCAUGGGACUGGGCCUGGGCAACCCCUCAGCCAGCCCCUUUCAGCAGCAGGCGCAGCAGCAGCCCAGCGGUUAUGGCCAGCACGCUUUCAGCUCAGGUUAUGAGGAGCUGACAGCAGGGCCAGCAGGAGUUGAGUACAGCAAAGGGUACAACUCCUCUUCACAGGCGCAAGCUAAAUCUGCUGCUGCGGGGCCUGGGAAAGGUGUCUCAGUGACAUCCAGUAACUCUGGUGUGCCAGACAUCAGUGGAAGUGUUUACAAUAAGACCCAGUCUUUCGAUAAGCAGGGUUUCCACGCAGGGACCCCGCCUCCCUUCAACCUGCCAUCGGCAUUGGGGGGCCCAGGGCCUCUGAACCCCGGAGCCCCACCUGGAGGCUAUGCACCCGCCCCAUUCCUCCACAUCCUGCCUCACCAGCAACCACACUCACARCUGCUGCAUCACCACCUAGCUCAGGAUGGACAGGGUGGUCCGAGUCAGCGCGGCCAGUCCAGCAGCCUGCAGCAGAAGAGCCAAGUCAACAAGUCGAGCUACGGCAGCUCCCCUUACUGGGCCAACUGAGACGGCAACACCUGCCGUGUGUGUGCGUGUGUGUGAAACACGCACGCACACACCAGCCGAUCUGAUGAGAUGAUAGAGAAACAAAACAUUUUUACAGACUAAGCUAACACACACACUACCAUCCCCUCCCCUUUGCUCUGUAUAUCUCAUUUUCAAAUUAAUGGCUGUUGUAUGUAAAAUAUAUUUAUGUAUUUAUACAGUAUAUAUGUAUUGGUAGGACAUAAAAUGUGGUUUUCUGCAUUGUUUUUAUUUUGAAGGACAUUUUAUUUCGAAAACAAAAAAAUGUGGAAAGAUGAGAGUGCUAAAUCAUGGAGAUAAAGUUGGUGAAUAUACUUGAACACAAGCAUCUUGUGAUGUGGAUUCUUUUCUUUUGUAYGCAUACAUGAACUGAGAAUGGUGUACAUAAAUUAUACACAUCAUUUUCACGGCAAAGGCCUUUUUUUAUUUUGGAAUUUUAUUUUAUUCUUUUGUAACAGGUCACUCUCGUCUGUGAAUCCUUAUUCGGAGAGUGACUUUCUUUUYUUCCUCCCUUUUUCUUUCCAUUUUGUCUCUCAUUCCUGAAUCUUUACUAGUUGGUUGGUUUGACCAGCCAGGCCUUGGAUUUGAUGUCAUUUUAACCCUUGUUGUCCAAAUUAAACAUUAUGAAGUUUCCAUG